AUGAGGUGUGUUGUAGCGUUGAUUUUGGGCCCGUCUUGUGGUCUAUUGCUUCGGGUGCGAGAAUCUCCAAGUCCAAGUCCCGGCGAGGCCUUAUCUAUGAUAUGCAAAUACGCUCUCAUCCACUUUCUGUGCGGCCAAAUUGUUGAAUAA